AUGCAUCAGCAUCUGAUCCGUCAGUUCUAUACAAUUCGACAGACCACUUCGGUUGUAGAUUAUAUUGAGCGUUUUGAAUCAAUAAUGAAUCAUUUGGCCUCAUACUCUGACAACACUCACCCGUAUUUUUACUUGACUCGUUUUGUCGAGGGUCUUCGGGCGGACAUCCGUGCUGUGGUUCUGGUGCAGAGACCACCGGAUCUGGAUACGGCGUGUUCGCUUGCCUUGCUCCAGGAGGAAGUCGCGGGAUGCGCCUACUCGACAGCACCACCGAUGCCAUCACCACGUGCGGUGGACACGGGACCGCGACCAGGAGGAGCGCUUCCUCUACCACCUCCUCCACCGCGCCCGACGCCUGCUCCAGCAACAUCCGCUGUUGUCGAUCGUCGUGGACUCGACGGCGCCCGCACGGACAGCUCCAAGGUCAAGGCGCUAUGUGAGUUUCGACGUGCUCGAGGGCUCUGCUUCAAAUGCGGUGAGCGCUGGGGCCAUGAUCAUACAUGCCCCACCACCGUACAACUCCACGUGGUCGAGGAACUUCUAGAACUCUUCGGCAUCGAUCCUGUUCUUGAUCAUGAGCAAACGCAGCCGGUGGAGACUGCUAUGGCCAUUUCCAAGCAUGCCCUGACAGGUGACACAUCGCCAAAGGCAUUCCAAGUUCACGCAUGGCUCCAGGGGCACGAAAUACUCAUGCUGGUUGUCUCCGGCAGCUCCACAUCAUUUGUAGAUGCUCAAUUGGCUGCCAGAUUGGAAGGAGUGGUUCCAUUGGCUCGUGCAGGGCAUGUCAAAGUGGCAGGCGGAGGGGAACUUCAAUGCCGAGCUUCCAUUCCUCAGUGCAAGUGGUUUUCGCAAGGACAUGAGUUUGUGACUGAUAUGAAGGUUCUGGAAUUGGGUACUUAUGAUGCCAUCCUUGGAAUGGACUGGUUGGAGCAGAACAGCCUGAUGACGGUCGACUGGAAGGGCAAGCACAUUGCUAUUCCAUCACCUGGUGGGGUAGUGCAUAUCCACGGCCAUCCAUCAACUUCUUCAUGUCCGGUUAUCAACAGUAUGCAGCUAGGCAGCUUGUGUCGCCAAGGGGCUGUCUCACACAUGGUUCAGUUGUAUCAAGUCACCUUGGGGGACGGAGAAGCACAAGAGGCUACCCCCGAAUGCAUUCAGGCGAUACUGGAGCAAUACCCUGAUGUUUUUCAAGAACCAGAAGGGCUUCCCCCUCGGCGUAACUGUGACCAUCACAUACCACUGGUGCCGGGGGCACAGCCAGUGAACUUUCGUCCAUACCGGCACAAACCUGAGCAUAAGACAGAGAUUGAGGAACAAGUGGCAGAACUACUCAAACAGGGUGUCAUCAGACGCAGUGCUAGCCCGUUUGCAUCCCCGGUGAUUUUAGUAAAGAAGAAGGACGGCACAUGGCGCCUCUGCGUAGAUUAUCGCCAUCUCAAUGCUAUGACCACAGUGCCCAAAUUUCCAGUACCAAUAAUUGAGGAGCUGCUUGACGAACUACACGGAGCAGUCUGGUUCUCCAAACUUGAUCUUUGA